CAGUUAUUCAGACAGUUUUGUUUAACCCAAUCAACAUGAAGGCUUUCUUUGCUCUGGUGCUUCUGGCCAUCGCCGCCUCUUCCCAGGCAGGUCGCACCCUCGACCGCUGCUCCUUGGCCCGUGAGAUGGCCAACCUGGGAGUCCCUCGUGACCAGCUGGACAAGUGGACCUGCAUUGCCCAGCACGAGAGCGACUACCGCACCUGGGUGGUGGGACCUGCCAACUCCGACGGCUCCAACGACUACGGCAUCUUCCAGAUCAACGAUCUGUACUGGUGCCAGGCCGAUGGACGCUUCUCCUACAACGAGUGCGGUCUCAGCUGCAAUGCCCUGUUGACCGACGACAUCACCAACUCCGUCCGUUGUGCCCAGAAGGUGCUUAGUCAGCAGGGAUGGUCCGCCUGGGCCGUGUGGCACUACUGCAGCGGAUGGUUGCCGUCCAUCGAUGAGUGCUUCUAAUCCGA